UGUAAAACUUUUGCGUAGUUGAAUCGUACGGUAAGGUUCAAGUAUCGUUCAAGUUGUUGUUGCGAGCUAGUGUUGUGCAAAUCGGACACAGUAAAACGCGUGUGUUUCGUGACUACGACGAUGACCGAAGAAACGGCCGAUGUAGAUAUGCCUGUGGCGGAGUUCCCGCCAGGAAAGAACUUAACCCCCCCUCUUAACGACCAGACCACUGCGCCGGGCGCGAGUCCUGGCGGGGGUCGUGCGGUUCGUGAAGUGUUCCCGGCUGGUUCCCCUUCCUGCUCUUUGGCUUCUACUGGACCUGCAGGGGUACGGUCCUCGAGGAAGAGGGACGGCGCUGGCCCGUCCCCCCUUCUCAAGCGUACUUUCUCGGCUAUGUCCAGCGUGCAGAGACAGCUUACACUCAAUCGUUACCACAGGGACUCCAGGGGCCCUUUCAUGGUGCACGUAGAGACGUGCCGUCCGCUGCCCUCCUCCGCUGGCGGGGACGAACAGGAAGGCAGUAAGGGUCUGGAUACAGGCGAGGAUGCGAAUCGGUUUGUUGAAGCCUUCAGGGACGUCGCGGACAAGAUAACCCCCUGCGAACAGUGGACAGCGCAUGUCCCAUCGUUUAGGGUGGUCAAACAGUUUGUUCUGAAAGGUGUUGACGAGGAGGAAACCGUGGAGGAGUUGUUGGCCGGUUUCGGCCCCCCCCUCUGGGUGGGGACAGGAGUGGGUUCCCCUUUUCGAAGCUGUUAGGAUCACGCGUAGGGAAAAGGGUAAUUCUACCUCUAGCCCUAGGUACGUGAGUACAAAUCAACUUAUCUUAAGGUUCCGCUCUCCGGUGGUUCCUUCGUCUUGCUUGUAUGUAGGGAAACGUCUCCCCCUAACCCCUUAUGUUUAUAAGGUUAGAAGGUGCGAUUUUUGCCAGAGAUUCGGGCAUACAGUCCAUUCUUGCAAACAGUCUGGAGAUGAAAGGCGCAGGUUCUGCAAAAAGUGUGGCAAGUCGGGCCACUCUAAACCAAAUUGCUCAAAUGUUCUAGACGAGUGCAUAAAUUGUAUUCGUUUCAGGGUUGGUAACACCGGUCAUCAGUCUUCGGAACUCCGUUGCCCGGUCUUCCAGAGACAACGUGAGAUUCACAAGAUUAUGGCUCACAGGGAUCUUUCCUUUCGUGAUGCAGCCAGUCUGUAUGAUGAGGGGAAUACACUCUCUGGUUUGAACUCUCAUUUGUCUAAUGUGUCGGUUCCCCUUCCCACGCUCGGUGAGUACUUUCCGAGUGGGAACGUUUUUCGGUUUUCGGGAAAAGGAAAACCGGGUCCUUCCCCCCCUCAGGUAACGUCUGUUGGGAGUCCGAGAGUGCCCUCUUCCCGAGUGGGGUCUUCUCCUUCACCUGGGUGUUCGAGUGUUCCUUCGUUCGACUCCUCUCCUGCCUCUAACCUCUCCUAUGCAGAGGUCACUUCACUAAAAACCCCUGUGCCCCCCAUUCGGUUCCCCCCUGUGUG